GCUACUACGUUACGCCAGUUCUUUGGGUAUCAAUGUCAACAGCUGAUUUCUAGAAUAUAUCCAGAUCUAGUUUAGAUUCUAGAAGCACCACUUCAUUGAACAGCUGUCUUAGCUGGCGUGUACUCAACCACCUCCCAAAAUUUCAUAGUGAUCAGAUGAAUGGGGACGAAGAAAUGUCUGACCUUUCAAACUAUGAGCUAGAAAUUAAUCAAGCCAUUGACCAGAUAGUGGCCAUGUUUCCUGAAGCUGAUCAGGAUCUGGUGGAGAGAGCAGUCACUUAUGCUGCCUCUCUGUGUGGAGAGAAUGCUUAUGAUAUUCUGAUUGAACAGGCAGUUACUGUAUAUAUGGAUCUGGUGGAGUAUAAUGAGUCAAAUUCAAACAAUUUACAAAGUAACUUGGCUACAUUCAGUGAUGUUUCUUUGGAAGAAGCUGACACAGUGGUGGAUGCUGAGCCAGCCAGUGACCUGUCUCUACAGACAGACCAGGCUGACUCCAUGUACGUAGCACACUCCAGCCAGGCAGAACCCCGGCUCACAUUAGCAGCCAUAGAACCUGAUGGGCAGGAGAACAAUGAGUUGGCCAUGAAGACUGAACUAAGGCAGCUGAAUACAAACUGUUAUCAAAAAGUUUGUGCUGCCACCCAAAGCUGUCCCCUCUCUCCUCACACGUCCUCACACACUGACACUGUCAGCAAACAUCCAAGUCUGAACGUGCCCUGUCACGUGUUCAAUUCUAACUCAUCUGAUGAAGCUGCCCCUCCCAGCACAUCUGCCCCUCCCAGCACAUCUGCCCCUCCCAGAUGCCCAGACCGUGACUUGCCUGUGUCUGCCACACCAUCAGCAGACAACUUAGAUUUAUCCACAGAGGACUUGGUCUGUUUAUUAUCACAGCAUCAUAAUGCAGGCAAGCACAGCACAUGUUACAUGACAGGUCAAAGUUCAAAGACUGGCUCAACUCCACUGGUUUUAAACUCAUGUGUUGCUUCUUCACCCAUGACAUCUCCUCUGGUCAACACAUCGGCCAAUGGUAACUUAGCGGGAAGCACAUCUUCAGAUGAAGAUAACGUAGAUGACUUGUUUGAUAACAAUUUAACAAACCUGGUUGGCGAUGUUGACCACACAGAUAACAUCCCUGAUCCUGCUGGUGAUAAUGAUGGAACUCUCUCCCUAACUUCUCGUUCAUCUAGCCCAACAUCAGAAACCAUUGAUGACAAUUUGGUGGUGAAAGUUGCUUCAUUACAGUCUGAGACAAUUCAGGUUUCUUUAUCCCACCUUCCAGUUAAAUCCUCCCCACUCAGUGAUAAUGCAUCACCUCACACAGGUAGCUCCUCCCCUCUCGCAGGUAGCUCCUCCCCUCUCGCAGGUAGCUCCUCCCCUCUCGCAGGUAGCUCCUCCCCUCUCGCAGGUAGCUCCUCCCCUCUCGCAGGUAGCUCCUCCCCUCUCGCAGGUAGCUCCUCCCCUCUCGCAGGUAGCUCCUCCCCGCACACAGAUAAUCUCUCCUCUACAUCCCAGCCACCAACAAGCAUUGAAUCACCUCAAACAGACCCAUCCCAUCCAGCACAUAACACACAACCUCCAGAGACCCAGACUUUAACUGCAACACCAGCCAACACACCCACAACUUUCAAUCUUGAUAUGGCUGGUUAUGUUAAAGCUGAACCAACUGAAACAAUGGACACAAGAGAAAUACUAAGUUCUUUAUCAAGGGAAGUAACACUGCAGAAAAGGUCUCUUUUUCAAAUAAAGAGUUUCCUCCCUGGAAAUCAACACAUCAAAAGUUUUAUUCAAAAUAUAAGUAAAAGCCAUUCUGACACCGCUGUUGUGAACCAAGGCUUCAACAAUGUGGCCAACUCCUUCAACAACCUGCUGCUGAAGGUAGACAACCAAACAGGAACCUCCAUGUCGGGUCAGUCUAGUGGUACAUGUCCAGUGGUCAUGCCUGUGAUGGCGCCACCUAGUGCUGCAGCCCACUUCUUUUCUAAUUUCCCCACUUGGGAGAGCCAACCAUCUGGGUCAGGAGUUAAAAUCAAAGAUGGCAAACGAUCGGGUGGAAAUAUAGAGGCAACCACCGUAAUCAAAAAGGCUAAAUUUGAGCCCAGCACAUCCUACAGAAAUCCAGCAGAUGACAUGACAGAUGAGGUGUCUGAUGGGGCCAGUUUGGUGGCCUUCCUGGAGCAGAGUAGAGAGUCACCGGACAGUCUGGCAGCCAUAAUAGUUGAGUGUAAUGUGUGUAGCACAUUUCACCCUGUAACCAAGUGUGCUACGUGUACAGCUGACCAUCAAGUGUGCAAGUCGUGUGUUGAGGACGAAGUUCGUGUGGUCAUGUUAGACAAACAAAAGCUGCAUGUUUCUUGUCCAGUUCCUUUCUGCAAAGAGAGCAUUGAUCUUGAAUACUUGGAAUCUGUGCUUGGUGCUUUUGUCCUUAGCCUACUGAAGAGUAGGAUCCAGCAGAACGAAAACGAAGUUUCAGCGCAAGUCAUUAAAAAAAUGAGUGGCCUUGUUAGCUGUCCAAAAUGUACAUUCACUGCAUUGCUUGAUGAAGAAGAGCUUCAUUUUACCUGUGAAAAUAACAAUUGUCAUACGAACAUCUGCUGGUACUGCAAGUGUGACUGGACGUCCAGACAACACCACUACGCCUGUCUUCUGCUCAACUUUGCUGGCUUUGAGUGUCUGGAGGAUUUCUCUAAACUACCUGCUAACUGGAAGACCAAUCAUUUCACUGGGAACUUAAAAAUGGUUGACCUUGACCCUAACAGUCUUGAGGCUCUGAGGUUAAUGACCUACUUCUAUAAGACCAGCAACUGCACUGUCAUCAAAGUUUGGCGUGUUCAAAACAAAAAACUCUGGGAGAAAUACAUCUUAAAGCGCAAGCACAUGAAAGAGGAGCUUGGAGUUGAAAACAUAAACGAAAAAGUUCUCUUUCAUGGAACACAUGAAAAAAAUAUCCAGGUCAUAUGUAACGAUGGCUUCGAUAUGAGAGUCAAGACAGUUAAUGGUUCAGCUUUUGGAAAAGGUGUCUACUUCAGCUCUAAUGCCGAGUACUCAGAGAAAUAUUCCAUCAAUGGCAAGACCAUGAUUGUUGCGCGUGUCUUGUGUGGGACAUCUACUGUUGGUGGUCCAAAUCUGACACGCCCCCCAGCCGAUACAGCUGGACGGCUGUUUGACACCUGUGUUGACCAAGUCCCCAACCCAUUCAUCUACACAGUGUUUGACAACUCUCAAUGCUACCCAGCUGCCCUCAUCCAGUACAAUUAGUUCUUCAUUGGUCCAUCUUGUGCUCAAUGUUUAGAUACAUGGCCAGGCACAGUUUUCAUCAUCUUUCAAGGGUGAGGUUUUCAAUGUUCAAGAAAAUCCUAGGAUUAUAUAGCAGUGUGAAAGAAAUGUUCAAGAAAAUCAUUGAAUUAUAUUAUUUAUAGCAGUGUGACAGAAAUGUUGAAGAUUAUAUCGCAGUGUGAAAGAAAUGUUCAAGAAAAUCCUAGCAUAUACAGCAGUUUGAAAGAAAUAUUCAGGAAAAUCCUAGGAUUAUAUAACAGAGUGAAAGAAAUAUUCAGGAAAAUCCUAGGAUUAUAUAGCAGUCUGAUAGAAAUGUUCAGAGAAAUCUGCUAAGCUACAAACUACAUCUGCCUCAUUUUUUAACCAAAUAAAAAUGACAUUUUUGUUUUACAUAGAUGAAACUUGCUUUUUAUACUAAAGUAUAUAAGAUAAUUCUGUGAAUUAUGUAAAAACAAUAGAAAUAAAUCUUGAUUAAUUAAAAAAAUAUUUUUCUCACAAUUUGGUCUUAGUAACUUUUGACCAGUAGUGCAUACUUGAUACGAUUUGAUUUUAAUUAAAGGUGUAGAAUAAACAACACAUUUUGAAAAGCUUUAAUAAAUGGUUGGGGGGUAAAAAGGCAGGCAGAAGAUGGGAGGACAUUAUCAGUAUCAGAUAUGUUUACAAUUG